GAAGGCCAUUGUCACUCCGGCCUAUAGAAACAUUUUCUGUUUCGCCAAUCAUAUCGGUUGUGUUCGCCGAAUAAAUCAAUCUAUUGUCUGCAAGUUUUCCUUUUAAUUUUAACGAAGAUACAGAAAAAAAGUAAAAACAAGAAGUGUAGUCGUGUACCAUAUAUGUAAGGUAAAAUCUAGUUUCCCGCAACAUUUAACUGAAGUGGACUUUUCAGAUGAAAUCCUUGUUACACUAACUGAUUCAGUCCCAUGGAUGACAAGUUCUGAUAUAAAAGUGGACACAUGCUGAGUGAAUGGCUCAUGAGGGAAGUUCAGUCCAUGUUUCCUCCCCUCCAGAUGAACUGGUUCCAUCUACGAAGGAUACAGGAGACAAUUGUCAGCAGGACUUGUGGUAUACUGAAGGCAAUGAUAUUAUUGAAGCAGGUGGCCCUUCAAGUGUAGAAGUCCAGCCAGAUUUAAGUGGCAGUCCUCGUAGCAUCAGUGCAUCAAGUCAGCUUGACGAUUUCAACAGUUCCAUAUCUCCGUCUAAUCCUUUAGCAGAGGCUGAAGGAGGAGACCUUGACAUCAUGGGUAUUGCCAACUCAUGGAAUGAUGAUGAGGCUUUUUGCAAUGAAUCUGCUAUACCUGCCAGAGGAAUGGAACUGUCUUGCCUAAGCUUGGGACAAACUGCCAGUUCAGGUCCAUGGCCAAGCCCUACGCCACUUUUCCCAACUGCGUUGGACUUGUUCGAAGAUGACCGAGAAACUGUUUGUGAACUCUUGGGAGACGUAGCUGAUUCUAACAGUAUUCCCGGCGUCUGUGGUCUACGCAACCUAGGAAACACUUGUUUUAUGAAUGCGGGUUUGCAGUGUUUGAUUAAUACGCCGCCGCUGUUGAAUUAUUUCCAUUCGAAUUCAAUUGACGAGCAGUAUCCCGGAUGCAAUUCCGUCCAUCUUACUGCGCAGUUUGCGACGUUUCUUCUCAAAAUGUGGAGCGGACGCUUUAGCACUUUGAGACCGGCAGAAUUCAAACACACGUUGUCUUUGUAUCAUCCUCAGUUUAAAGACUAUCGUCAGCAUGACUGUCAAGAGUUUCUUGCCUUACUGCUCGAUUCGCUUCACGAACAUCUCAGCCAAACAGCUUUGAAAGAAGGUAAUCCCAACCGCCCAAGGGACAUAGUGACUGUUCCUGGGCACGAUGCAGAUCUUCCUGCCGAUUGUUGUCUAUUGACCGAGGAACCGAUGGAGCUUUACGAGAGCUCACGUUCAAGUCAGUUGUCAUCCCCGCGCAGUUCUUCGGACUCUGUAGAAACAUCCUCAAGCUGUACUACAAGUUGCAGCAGUACGCGUGUUAAGGCAGCUGCGUUGUCUCUGAGAUCAUUACCUAUACCCGAAGAAGUCAAACAACCUCUUUUCCCUUUAUCGAUUCAUCCACCGUCACAGGAUGGCACUGUGACUGAUGUUCUUUUCAAAGGCAGUGCACUCUCACCUCAGAAAGGCUCGUUGAUAAUGGAGCGAAAUAUGCUUAACCAAUGUUCGGACCCAGUUCAAAAUAUCGUCUUAGAGAAAAAUCUGCUUAGUGAAAUUAGCAGCAUGAUGAAGGAAUCUAAGACUGCAAAUGUCAACAUAUCAGCUGGUUCUGCCGAGACAUCUCCUAAUAAUGAGAUCUACUUUGACUCUGGUAAAUUUCCAGCAACGGACCAGGCCAAACCGCGGGCUGCUGUAGCGUCUACACUCGUUCGGAACACGGACAGUGCUCAGAUCCUCUUGCAAGCGCAGCAACAUAUAAUACAAAAGAACAAAAUAAAAAAUACAAACAUGUUGAAAGAGACGGCGAAACGUCUCAGUGAAGAUCAAAAUCUGUCGUCGCCGUCCUCGUUCCCACUCUCUUCGGCCGAAGUUACCCCUUCUGGCGACCAGUCAUUGCCCAGUCCAAACAACGAGAAUAUCAGCAGUAUUAGUAAGAAGGCCCGACUCGAAAAUGACGGAGGCCAAGAAGCGCCAACGGUUGGUCCAACAAAUGAUAAUAGAGGUACAUCACCUUGGGACUCGCUUGGCGCUCUUAAUAAGGCCGUCAGGGAAGAAGAAUCUUGCCGGAGUGAUAAUGGUGUGUCUGUGACAAAUUCAAUGGCAAGUGAAUCUGUGGUAACUCACACUUUUCAGGGACAGUUUCGCAGCACGGUUGUGUGUUGCUCUUGCAAACAUGUUUCGGUGACAUAUGAACCUUUCAUGUAUUUAUCGGUUCCUUUGCCAAGAGCGCUGGAACGUCAAAUAGAAGUGGUGUAUAUUCCAGCGUCGGGGACGGCAGGCUCUAGCCGUCAUCGCCUGUUACUUCAACAGUAUGACGAAGUUUCGAAAUUGCGCCAAAUGCUGGCCAAAUGUUUAGGAUUGGAGGAUGAACGGAGUGGUAGGUUAGUGCUGGCCGAAGUGGCCAAUCGCGUCAUCGUGCGAUUCUUGGAGGAUCAGCUGUUGCUUCGGAAUUUAACAGACGGACAACACCGAUCGGUAUAUGCCUUUGCAGUGCCUCCUCCCUGCCCAUCUCUAACACCAUCUGCACUCAGCUCUAGUGACAACUCUUGUUCAACGUUAGCUUCUGUUUCUGCAAGUACAACACAGCCAAGCGAUUCUGCCGAAUCUAAGUUACCGUCGCCGGUAAUAGAACAUUCAUGGAAGAGUUGCGCGAUAUGCCUCGAAGAAAUGGCUGAUACGGAGUUACGGAAACAUACAUCUUGUACUUGUCUUUUGUGUCAGUCAUGUAUUGAGGCGUCUUGUCGACACCAUCGAAGUAGCUUUGGUAGUCGACUUGGCGAAUAUCUUCAAUGCCCAGUAUGCAGCAUGGACGUUAAACCAGAAGAAGAGUUUGCACCCUUAGAUAAACUUCACUACUAUCAACCCGUUAUUCGACUGCUCAACUUACCUGUUCUGUUCCGACUGGCAAGCAACUCGCGUUCGGCGAGCCCAAAAAGUAGUCGACUUGUUGGUCAUCCCCGUCUCUUGCAACUUCCCAACCUUGUAUCGCCUAGGAGCUUAUAUGACACUGUUAAAAACAUAUAUCCUAAAGUGAACGCCUUCGAUUUGUGCUUUGUGGAUCAACAGGGAGUGAGAUGCCCUCGCUGUGUUUACCCCAAUCGUUGCAAUGGUUGCAAAAUUAGCGCCGAGGCUGACCAAAUCUCACUCCAGCCAGGCGAUUGCCUAGCGGUGCAAGUUUAUACUCUGGAAAAUGAAGAUUUUGCGUUUGCAGUGACAAAGUGGGAAAAAGUUUUUGACUUACAAACGGUUGCUGAGCAGGAUGAUAGUGUAAACAGCUCCUCUAGUAGUGCUUCACGUUUUCAAAAGGAACCUCUAACUCUUGAUGAUUGUCUUACUGCGUUUUCUGAAAGCGAAACUCUUGACGAAGGCAAUCCAUGGUUCUGCCCCAAAUGCCAGAAAAGUCAAUGUGCAAGUAAAACCUUGUCUAUCUGCCAGGCGCCUCCAUAUCUCAUAGUUUAUCUUAAGCGUUUCGUGUUCCAUGACAAUUCGAGCAGUAAACUUGAUAACAGAGUGGAAUUCCCUUUGACCGGACUAUCCCUACAACCUUACAUUGACCGUGGUGAUGUUAAUAACGGCGAUGACAACGAAGAUUACAUGUAUGAUCUUUACGGAGUUGUCUGUCACUUUGGAAGUGCUUCAUCAGGGCACUACACAGCGUACACGAGGCAUGUUAAUUCAAAGGAUUGGCAUUAUUAUAAUGACGAAACAGUCUUAUCUCGUGCACCUCAAGAUGAGGACUUUAGCCAUGGUUAUGUUUUGUUUUAUCAGCGGCGCAAUCGGCAGAGCUGCCAGGACGAGGUUGUCGUACCAUGUGUCAUGGACAAAUAAAUUAAUUUUGCUUAUAGAAAACUGCAAUUAUCAUUGGAGGGGAACGUUCAAGCGAUACUUGAUGACGAACAUUCCUAGCUCGUCGUGGAAUUUGAAAUGUACGAAUCAUUUUGAUGUCGUAAUUGUUUUCCUGUUUCCCUGUUUUAAGAAGUUUCUGUAAAACGAUUGAGCAGCUUAAAGAUAAAAUCAGAAACCGAUCUAUCAUUCGCCAUCGCUGUGUAUUAUUUUCUAUUUUCGUCUCCUUUUACCUUGAUACAAAGAGCGUACCUCUGUCUUCGAUUUCGUCGUUGUUCCUUACUUGAAAACUUUCCUCUUUAUCCGUUUGUACUAAAUACACAAUACAUACAUGCCA